CGCCGGUGUUCAGCAAGGAGAAACGUAAUAGCGUUCCGAAACACAAAACUGAUUCCCAUAGAAACAUCUUCAUCGUCUGAUGACAGCUGUGACAGUUUUGGUUCCGAUAAUUUUGUGAAUACGAAACGCAAGUUUAGGUCGUGUAUUAGAGAAGAGAUGGCAAACAUUUUUUAUGAAGCUUCUGAUGAUGAGUCGUUCAGUGGGUUUUCAGAAAAUGAGAUUCAAGAUGCAUUGAAAUUGAAAUCCGAUUCGAAGAAGAAUGAAUCAAGUGCUGAAAGUGAGAUGGCUCUGAGAAGGCAGAAAUGCCCUGUUUCUCUAAAAGUAGCCAUGACGUUACCACCUCGUAGAUCGGAGAGGAGGAAGGUUGAGAUGGAACUUCUUCCUGAAGUGGUGAUGCCUGCUCUAGAUUCAGACUCUGACUCUGACUCUGAAGAAAAGGGCGCCGUGUUUUUAGAAAAAAGAGCUUUAAACAUAAAGGAAAACAAAGCAAUGCUUGCAAAACUAAUAGCCGAGUUGCAAAGUGUUUCUGAUAUCUUUGGUGGGAGAAAAUCAUCGCCAGCUGUCAGUAAUAGACCAAAGCGACUUCCAAGACAUUCAUUGCCUGAAACUGCUUUGAGGAGGAACCCAGAACGAAGUUCUCGGCCUCACACAAGAUCCAAGUCCCUGAUUGAAGGUCCUCCUGCUCCUUUACCAGAAGAGGAAGAUGAUGACCCCCGGUACAUCUUAGUGAGGAGAAGAAGAAAGAUGGAGCAUGAAGCCAAAAUUCCCAGGACUUGUCACCGUGGUGCCAUGGCUUUUCCACACGUUGUGCGCCCAGUUGAGGAGAUCACAGCAGAAGAGCUGAAUAAUAUCUCUGUAUCUGCAAGAGAUAAAGUAUAUAACAGGUCCAUGGGAUCUACCUGUCAUCAGUGUCGCCAAAAAACCGUAGACACCAAGACAACUUGUCGUAACCCUGAUUGCGUAGGAGUGCGUGGCCAGUUCUGCGGGCCGUGCCUCCGCAAUAGGUAUGGCGAAGAUGUCAGAACGGCGUUGCUGGAUCCGACCUGGAAAUGUCCACCGUGUCGUGGAAUUUGCAACUGUAGCUUCUGCAGACAGCGAGAUGGCCAAUGUGCUACAGGUGUCCUGGUCUAUCUGGCCAAGUACCAUGGCUACGACAAUGUCCACGCCUACUUGAAAAGUCUGAAACAAGAACUUGGAAUGGAAGACUGAAGCUGUGACUG